CAGAACGUUGAGUAACCGCUUCUAAACAUAUCAGAGGAACCGGCUGCUCAGCGGGCGCUAUUAAGCAGCAUUCGCCUCUUGACGCGCCAUACUCCCGGACUGCCCCUGGACGCUAUUUUUUUUUCCAGGACACGGACCAAUAUCUUACUGUUACGGAGAAUCCUACUGUUACUGCCUGCAGUGUCGAAACAUCAGCUUCCAUCCGGCGUGGGGCCACAGCAGGGAAAUGGGGAAAGAUUACUACAAAAUCCUGGGCAUCGCCAAAGGAGCCGGAGACGAGGACAUUAAAAAGGCAUACAGAAAACAAGCUCUGAAAUGGCAUCCCGAUAAAAAUAAGGCUGCCAAUGCUGAGGAAAAAUUCAAGGAGGUUGCCGAAGCAUAUGAUGUCCUCAGCGAUCCAAAGAAACGGGAAAUAUAUGACCAAUAUGGAGAGGAAGGGCUCAAAGGUGGAGGAGGACCUACAGAUGGGCAGGGCACCAACUUCACCUACACCUUUCAUGGGGAUCCCCACGCAACCUUUGCAACAUUUUUUGGAGGUGCCAACCCGUUUGAGAUGUUCUUUGGAAGGAAAGUCAAUGGACGAGAUGAUGAUGAUAUGGAGGUGGAUGGUGGAGAUGCUUUCAGCGCUUUCCCAGGCUUCAACCUGAAUGGUUUUCCACGUGAUCGGCAUGUGGGCCUAGGUGGGCAGACCAGGCGCAAGCAGGACCCAGCAAUCCAUCAUGAGUUGCGGGUAUCCCUGGAGGAGGUGUUUCACGGGUGCACCAAACGUAUGAAAAUCUCACGGAAACGCCUCAACCCAGAUGGACGUACUUUAAGAACUGAGGACAAGAUACUCACCAUAGAUAUAAAACGUGGGUGGAAAGAGGGCACCAAAAUCACAUUUCCCAGAGAGGGUGAUGAAUCACCCAGCACCAUACCUGCUGAUAUUGUUUUUGUCAUCAAGGAUAAGCCACAUCCGCACUUUAGACGGGAAGGAUCUAAUAUAAUUUACCCAGUACGGGUCAGUCUACGACAGUCGCUGUGCGGGUGUUCAGUCACUGUGUCGACGAUAGAUGGGAAAACUUGCAAUAUGAAGAUCACUGACGUCAUUAAACCUGGCAUGAGGAAGACAAUUGCAGGCCAAGGACUUCCUUUCCCAAAGAACCCAGAGCAAAGAGGGGAUCUAGUGGUGGAAUUUGACGUGAACUUUCCAGAGAGUCUCCCCACCACUGCCAAGGAUGUCCUUAAACGGCACUUGCCAACUUCAUAAGGCAGAUGUGCGAUCUUGAGUACUCCCUGUUGGCUGUAGUGCAUGCAGCCUCAUUCAUGGACAAUGUUCCUAAAUCACAGUUAAUCCUGAUCAAGAAUGUGCAAUUUCUAUUUUCUAUCAACUCUGUUGUUUGUUUUUUUAAAUACUGCAUGUUACAAUGGAGAUGAAAGUUGAAUAUAAAGUCUUGAUAUCAUGCUGGUCAUUUACGGGCCAUUCCAUGUUAUGUCAGACAAUAUUUGACAUUCAUGGCUUUUGUCUUAUUUUUAUAAUAAUAUGUCACAGUUUCCUAUACCUGGAACUAAAACUAAACCAUCGGGUGGUAAUGAAACGCACUUUGGAAAUAUAGUUUGAGCCUUACAAAUAGGAAAGAUUUGUUAUGUUAAGCCUACUACAUAAAUUUCCAAAAUUUACUAAAUUUGGCCAAGAGUUAUCUGCACUUUCCUGGAUUUAAGUCAGCUGUUAUUGAUUAUGUUGUUGAUUCAAAUCUGGGUUGUUAUUUUGCUGUGUCAAAUAUCUAUUGCCUUUUAAGUCUUCUUGUCACCUGUCUUUUGUUUUAUUGUCUUCAGAUGUACAUGCACAUCUAGUUCUUCCAUCUCUGCUUGGCCAGUUACAAUUUAAAGCACCAUGAUGAAAACAUUUCUGCGUUUCUAAAUGUACUUAAAUGCCAAAGGCCUAUAAGUAUUCUGUUAUAAUUCCCAUGUUAUUAUUAAUAAAAAAUAUGGUUUCUGGACAUCAGAGAACUGGACAGA